AUGGGAAGUAUUAUUUUGGUCACAAUACCCUCAUCGGGUGCAUUCUUCACUACGUAUGAGGCUGUGAAAUCCGUGCUCACAAAGGCCAAUUCCACUCUCAAAGGGUCGCCAUCGCCUUCGGUGCCGCAACCAUUCAUUCAUAGCGCGGCAUCGGCAACCGCUGAGCUUGUUUCUUGUUUCAUCCUCACCCCUGCAGAGGUCCUCAAGCAGAAUGCUCAGAUGAUCCGUCGGCCAACUGAAUCCUCAGCUUCCAAGUCCCUGACAUUGUUUCAACGGUCAGUGACUCUGCAAGCACUCAAACAGUUUAAAAGACCAUCGCAGUUGUGGAGUGGCUAUACCGCUUUAGCAGCUCGUAAUCUGCCCUUCACCGCUAUGCAGUUCCCAAUGUUUGAGCAUCUAAAAGCAAGCAUUAGAGAACAUAGAAAGAGUAAUGGAACAUUCACGGGGGGUAUAUCAGAAACCGCUUUGAUAACAGCAGUCAGUGCUGGAAGCGCUGGGUCCAUUGCUGCACUGCUUACCACACCGGUCGACGUUGUGAAAACUCGAAUCAUGCUCUCUGCAGCUGGGGAGAGUUCCGAAUAUCAGACCAAGAACGAUGUGGAAAGGGCCAAACGUCAAGGACAGUCGCUGGAGAAGCUGGCCAGUGAGAAGGGUAUCACUAAGAAGGGCGGCCUUACUGUUGCCCGAGAGAUCUUCCAAAAAGAUGGAAUCAAGGGUCUAUUCAGGGGAGGGGUGUUGCGAGCAGCAUGGACAGCACUUGGGAGCGGCCUUUAUCUCGGUGCAUAUGAAAGUGGAAGGCUCUGGCUGGGAGAUCGACAUGAAGGAAACCACGAAAUGUGA